AAAAUACCCUAUAGAGCACAGUUCCCAACUCUUUCGUUCUGUAGAGGCAACACGAAUUGAUUAACGACAACUCAAUUCGCUAAACCACCCUGUAUUUUUCUUCUUUUGUGCUAGAAUAGAAGCUUUAAAGUGCCCUAAAGAACCUAUAAAUAGUUGAAAUGAUGGUGGAGUCUCCCAUAUUAGGUAAACGGAAACUAGACGAUGAGGAAAAUGAAACAACAACGAAAAGGGCCAGAACUUGCGUGCACGAAGUAGCAGUUCCCAGUAAUUACACUUCAACGAACAAUGAAUCACUUCAUGGUACUCUUUCAAACCCCAUUUACAAUGGCCAAAUGGCCAAAAUUUACCCAUUUAAACUGGACCCAUUUCAAGAAAUCUCAAUAUCAUGUUUAGAACGUAAAGAAUCAGUUCUUGUAUCAGCACAUACAUCUGCUGGUAAAACCGCUGUAGCAGAAUACGCCAUUGCGAUGUCUUUUAGAGAUAAACAAAGGGUCAUUUACACUUCCCCUUUAAAAGCAUUAAGUAAUCAGAAAUAUAGAGAAUUAAGUCAUGAGUUUAAUGAUGUUGGUUUAAUGACUGGUGAUGUUACUAUUAUGCCGAAUGCGAGUUGUUUAGUUAUGACAACUGAGAUUUUGAGAGGUAUGCUUUAUAGAGGUUCUGAGUUAUUGAAAGAAGUUGCUUGGGUUAUAUUUGAUGAAAUACAUUACAUGAAAGAUCGCGAACGAGGGGUAGUUUGGGAAGAGAGUAUUAUUUUUUUGCCACCUGAAAUUAAGAUGGUUUUUUUAUCAGCAACAAUGUCGAAUGCUACAGAAUUUGCUCAAUGGAUUUGUAAUAUUCAUAAACAGCCUUGUCAUGUUGUUUAUACCGAUUUUAGACCAACCCCUUUGCAGCAUUACGUGUUCCCUGUGGGUGGGGUUGGAUUGUAUUUAGUUGUUGAUGAUAAUGAGCAGUUUAGGGAAGAUAAUUUCUUGAAAUUACAAGAUAUGUUGACGAAGAGGAAGAUGGGGAGCGCUAAUGGUAAGGCUGGUGGAAGAAGUGGAAAAGGUGGUUCUGGUUCUUCUGGUGUGUCCGAUAUCUAUAAAAUUGUUAAGAUGAUCAUGGAACGGAAGUUUCAGCCAGUCAUUAUAUUCAGUUUUAGUAGAAGAGAAUGUGAACAACAUGCAAUGUCUAUGACCAAACUUGAUUUUAAUACUGAAGAGGAAAAGGAAGCUGUGGAGCAGGUAUUCCAUAGCGCAGUGGCGUGCUUGACCGAGGAAGAUAGAAACUUACCAGCAAUUGAAUUAAUGUUGCCACUGCUUCAGCGCGGGAUUGCUGUUCAUCACUCUGGUUUGCUUCCUGUUAUCAAGGAACUUGUGGAACUUCUUUUCCAAGAAGGACUCAUAAAGGCCCUUUUUGCCACAGAGACGUUUGCUAUGGGACUAAACAUGCCUGCAAAAACAGUAGUUUUUACCAGUGUAAAAAAAUUUGAUGGUGAUAGUCAUCGUUAUAUUGGAUCUGGUGAGUAUAUACAGAUGAGUGGAAGAGCAGGACGUCGUGGCAAAGAUGAGCGUGGUAUUUGCAUUAUCAUGAUUAACGAGGAGAUGGAGAUGGAUGACCUCAAGGACAUGGUUUUGGGUAAACCAGCUCCGUUGGUCAGCACUUUUAGGCUGAGUUACUACACAAUUUUGAAUCUAAUGAGCCGAACUGAAGGUCAAUUUACCGCUGAGCAUGUUAUCAAAAACUCAUUUCACCAGUUCCAGUAUGAGAAGGUUUUACCUGACAUUGGGAAGGAGGUUUCCAAGUUGGAAAAACAAGCUGCAUUGCUUGAUGCCUCAGGGGAGGCUGAGGUUGCAGGAUAUCAUAAACUAAGGCUUGAGAUAGCCCAAUUUGAGAAAAAAUUGAUGGCUGAAAUAACAAGGCCUGAAAGGGUUCUGUAUUUUCUUCUUCCUGGCAGGCUGGUUAAGGUAUGGGAAGGUGGAAAAGAUUGGGGUUGGGGUGUUGUAGUCAAUGUGGCGAAGAAGCCUCCAGCAGCAUUGGGUUCUUUGCCCGCUGCCCUCUCUGCUUCACGUGGCUCUGGCUAUAUUGUGGAUACCUUACUUCAUUGCUCUCUGGGUUCCAGUGAAAAUGGUUCUCGACCCAAACCAUGUCCUCCUCGUCCUGGGGAAAAGGGUGAAAUGCAUGUGGUUCCUGUUCAGUUACCCUUAAUUUCUUCUCUCAGCAAGCUUAGAAUAUCUGUUCCUUCUGACCUUCGGCCUUUGGAAGCGAGACAAAGUAUUUUUCUUGCAGUACAGGAGCUUGAAAAACGGUUCCCCGAAGGCCUCCCAAAGCUUAACCCUGUAAAGGACAUGGGCAUUGAAGAUCCUGAAGUCGUUGAUAUGGUGAACCAGAUUGAAGAACUUGAGAAGAAGUUGUUUUCUCAUCCACUGCAAAAGUCACAAAAUGAACAUCAGCUUAAGUGUUUCCAGAGGAAGGCUGAAGUGAACCAUGAAAUUCAACAACUCAAGUCAAAAAUGUGUGAUUCACAGCUUCAAAAAUUUCGGGAUGAACUUAGGAACCGCUCCCAAGUCCUGAAAAAGCUGGGCCACAUUGAUGCUGAUGGUGUUGUGCAGUUGAAGGGACGGGCAGCCUGCUUGAUAGACACUGGAGACGAACUUCUCGUGACUGAAUUGAUGUUUAAUGGUACAUUCAAUGAUCUUAAUCAUCAUCAAGUUGCGGCUCUGGUAAGCUGCUUUAUCCCAGGCGACAGAUCAGAGGAACAAAUACAAUUAAGAUAUGAACUUGCAAAACCAUUACAACAGUUACAAGAUAGUGCAAGAAGAAUAGCAGAGAUACAACAUGAAUGCAAGUUGGAAAUAAAGGUCGAUGAAUAUGUGGAGGCAUCAGUUCGACCAUUCUUAAUGGAUGUUAUUUACUGUUGGUCAAUGGGUGCAUCUUUUGCGGAGGUUAUACAAAUGACAGACAUCUUUGAAGGUAGCAUCAUACGGCUGGCUAGAAGGCUUGAUGAAUUUUUAAACCAGUUGAAAGCUGCUGCACAUGCUGUGGGAGAAACAGAUUUAGAGAACAAAUUUGGUGCAUCAAGUGACAGCAUUCGGCGAGGGAUAAUGUUUGCAAAUUCUCUCUACCUGUAAGAGUUCUUGUAGAAGUAGAUCAGUGCUGGGUAGCUGGGAGUACUCAUUAUCGGUAUAUCAGGCUGUAUAUUCUGUCCCUGACAGAUUCUUCUUUUAUUCAUUCUUUUCGUAUUCAAAGUAACAUGUUUCUUAUUUCUAGUGAUACCUUCUGUAGUUGAAUGUGGCAGAUCCAUAAGCUUGCUGUUUGAUUAUAAUUGCAACACACUUUAGUAGAAA